AUGGCGCAGUCGCUGGUGCCAGAGGCCGUCAAGAGGAUAUUCACGCCGGAGACGCUUCACUCCGCCGCCAGGCAGUCCGAGGGCAUCUCCCUCGUUCCCCUCCGCCUCCGCCGCGCCAUCAAGAAGUUCCUCCGAGGUGCUCGCCGGCUUCUGUGACCACCACUCUUUCUAUCAUUGGUAUGUCUCUUCCAGUGUUUUUCCUCGCGCGUGGCUGCAUGUUAAUGUUGUGGCAUCCGCAGAGAAGGAUGGUACACACAUGCACCGGAAGGUGCUGCUGCUAUCGGAGUCGCUCUGCAGCGUCAAGAAGGCCAACUUGGGGAUCGCGGAUGCUGCUAUCCGGGAGCUCAUCGACGACCCCCUUAAGUCUGUGGAUAUGCGGUCCCGACGCUGGAAGAUCAGGUCCUCGUACGGCGACAUUGGUCUCAGUUACCACGAUGAUGAGACCUCCGCCUACGUCGCCUCCCGCAUGCCUGCAGUUUUCUCUGCUUGCCGCCGUAUACUUCGUGAGGUAAUAGCUUAGGAUAGGUUGGUGGAUAGUAAUUUUAUUCUUGUCUACUAGCUUCACCAGAACAAGUGGUUUGUAUUCGUCUCAUAAUUUAUGCUUUUCCGGUUAUUCUGUCCUUCUGCCUUCGUCUGCUGUAGGUCCGGCGGAGAUUGCCAGAUUUCUCCCCCUCCAGGGUUCUGGACUUUGGGGCGGGGCCUGGGACAGCAAUCUGGUGACCUCUUCUACCCUGGUUCCUCUGUUAGUAAUCAUUUCUUCGUUUUUUUUCUGAUUGGAAGACAAAAUAGUAUAUGGAUUCAUCAGUUGCCCUUUGAAGUGAAACUGCUUUGCUGUGUUGCAGGGCAAUGAAAGAGAUUUGGCCUCAUUCCUUAGAGCACGUUAAUUUGAUAGAGCCAUCUAAAUCAAUGCAACGAGCUUGCCAGAGUCUUUUGCAAAGUGAGUUGUCUGAUUUGGCCUCAUUCCUUAGAGCACGUUAAUUUGAUAGAGCCAUCUAAAUCAAUGCAACGAGCUUGCCAGAGUCUUUUGCAAAGUGAGUUGUCUGUCUUUUUAGUCAUUUUUUCUAUACUCGGAGCCCCCUCAUGGCUGUUUAAUAAAUUCUUGUUCAAUUCUUUUUGUCAUCCACUUUCAUACAUGUUUCAUAUUUCAGUAGUAUCCUUGUUUUUAUUCAAAAUUCCCAGGAUACCUCCUAUCCAACACAUCCCAAAAAUAUGUAUUUGCUUAAAAACAUGUGGUUUGUUUUCUCCCAUCUCGGGUCUGUACCCUAUUUUCUCGAGAAAACAUUUGGCCUGCACUUGUUAAUAUAGGGAGGAGAAAUGUUCCGAAGCAUCUGCAUCAACUCUUAUAUUGGGGAUGCUGUACUGACCCCUUGCUCAGUCAAUUGACCGUGCUAUGCAUUUUUUAGCUGAAAGUGGUCAUUGAUUAUUCUUUCUGACACAGGAUCAUCUCGAACAAAGGAGAGGAUAAACUUUGCCGCUCCUACACAUAACCAGUUUCAGGGUUUUAGGGGCUGACUAUUCUUUUCUAAACCUUUUAUUGGAACACCAGUCAUUAUCCAAGUGUCUUGGUGCAUGUUUUCUAGAGACCUAUGUCCUUUCUCUGCCUUGGAAAACGUUUUGUGAUGCACCAACCAUGGACAUGAUUCAGUCGAUCAGGCCAUGGAGUUGAUGAUAUCCAGGGGACUUUGUUGACUCAUCCUGUUGCUCCAAGAAUCUACUCCUCCAUGCCUCAGCAGAAUACAGAAAUAUUUUCUUAUGAACAAUUAGGCACCUGUGAGAUAAUAUCCUUUCAGAGGCGGCUGUUGACUCACUUGGUCUUGCACAUUUGGGAAUGUAACCCCGGUUGGGGCGCUUAUCUUUUUUUUGAUUCAUUGGGAUUUGAUUGAUCCACCAUAAUGUAUUCUAACUUUUGUUGAUAGAAAUGGAGUCAAUUAAUAUAAUCACUUUUCUAUAUCAAUUAAUAUAUUGUCUGGGUAAGAAGUUGGUGCCAACUUCAUCUUUGCUUGAUGCAAUCAUCUAACCCAGAAUGUUAUUCUCUCUUUCAUGGACUCUAUGUUAUCCUUAAUCUCUUUCAUGUUAUUUCUACUAAUCACAUUGUUAACUGCCGAAUAAUCCAAAGUUUUUGGUAAAUGCCCUUUUAAACGUCUACUUAAGUUUCUGAUUAGCGUUGAAACCCUUAGAUUGCAUCGAGGUUUACUUUCUUCUAGUCAUUUUACUGUCUUAUUAUUUCAUGGUGGUUAUUCUGAAAGUAUGUGGGUAUUGGAUUCUUUUCUUUUUCUUAAGAUAUAUGACUUAUCGAGUAUCAGCAUGGUUAACAUAGUCAUCUUGGUUCUGUUCAGAUUCAAAGAAUCUGCCUCUCAUUCGAAGCUAUGACAGUCUUCAAGCACUGAGUCGUGAAAUUGGCAAACAUGAGAGGGGGCAUGACCUUGUAAUUGCUGUAAGUCCAUAUUUAAUUUGGAAUUUCUUUUAUAUCUGUUUAAAUGUCCAACACGACAGUGGUGAUCAGUUCUAUUGAAUGGAAUUUGUUUACAUCGGUAUGGUGCUUAGUUGGCCUUUUUUGUUACAUCGGUAUGGUGAUCAGUUCUGUUCUGCAACUUCUAUGGUGCUUAGUUGUCCUUUUUUGUCAUGGAUCUUCGAUUUCAAUUCCUCAGAAGUUAAAUUAAGCAUCUUCCCCAGAUAUUCAAUUCCAAUCAUGAGCCUUUCCUGCUUGAUCCGAUUUAUUAGAUAUGCACAAAAAAGAGGUCAGGUGAUCCAAAAGUUUCUAGAGUAUGGAGCAAAUCCUUCAUAUUGUGGUCAUUUUUUCCAUAGUAUUCCUUGUAAUUUUCAUUGCUAAGUAAGCCCUCACUGGGAUAAAAGAAACGAAAGUAGUAAUAGUGCAGAUUCCCUAGAACAUGUGGAAUACCAUUUCCAGUAUAAUGAUGCGUAGUGAGGUUUUUUUGAAAUUUAUUUACAUCUGGGAAUGGUACGAAUCGUCAUUUAUAACUAAUGUAUAUUAUCUGACUUAGUUUCACCGUACGGUUUAUUACUAAUAGAUACUUUGAUAUCCUACGCAUCGCAAAUAAGAAAUCUUAUUCAUUGAAAAACGACAGAAAAGAGGAGACGCGUUUCUGACCUGACCUGGAAAUCACAACCCUGCUUUUCAUUUCUUUCUUCUUCUUGCUUGUGCAUUAUAAUAUCGGUUACAACAUGAGAAAAAAAUAUGAAGAGGUACCCUCCUCACUUGUGCAAGAGAACCAGCCAUGUACUACUGGAUAUUGGGCCCUGUGUAGUGCGAAUGAUGCCCCGAGGAUAGUGUCCAGAUUUUAUCACUUAGUUUAAUCAAGUUAAACUGGUGGCUGUGUAGUCAGCGGACUGCACGUGAACUACCAUGUUUCCUGGGACACGAUUUUUUGUGGAAAAUUAUUUAUGAAUCAAAAUAAAAUCAGGGUAUUCCUUGAAAGACCAUAGUCUAGGAAUAUUUGGUAAUAUAAAAAAUGUCAUUUUAUUGAUGAUAGUUAAAGAUAAAUCAGCUUGCGUUGAAACUAGGUGAACAAGAUCAGAAUAAUGGGCGUGUAAAGACAUUUUCUUUGUUCUAAUCUGCCUAUAUGUUCUUUAUGGGGAGACUGUUGUGAUGUGCUUGCCUGAUUUCACCCUGUCAAUAUUGAAAGCCCAUUUCUUACUAAAGACACAUGAAUAUUUUGCUGCAAAUAUCUUUGAAAAAGGGAAUGGAUGAAGAAGACAAAAAGGGUUGACUCUGGGGAGGGACUAUUUUUGCCUCGAACGUUGUCUUCUUGUCACUUGGUUUCUAAACAAAAGGACUCAGUACGCAUUAUGCUUGUAGAUGUUUUUUUCGUGAUACUGGGACAUUGUACAUUGAUACCUCCUAUUUCAAUACCGUUCGAUGAUGAUAGAGAACCAUUGUCUCAAUAGGUUGCUCCUAUUUCGAUGCCUGAACUGUAAUUUCAGUUACUGGUAAUUAUUUUCUUUAUCUUCGUCAUGUUAUGUAUAUAGGUUUUUCUUCACUUUUUACUAUAAAUUUAUUGUUUACUCUUAGAACACAGUAGAAUUUGACGAUGUUCCUGAUUUUUAUUUUUGUUUUAAAAUUCUCAUUGAAGUCUUAUGUUCUUGGAGAGAUACCAUCAUUGAGUGAUCGAAUUACCCUGGUUCGCCAGCUUUGGAGCCUGACAAAAGAUGUCUUGGUACGCUCAAUUGAACUCCUGAGUUUUGAUGUAGCUACUGCGAUUAUCUUGUUAACUUGCCAGACAUAUUCUUUGAGGAAUUUAUUUAUUUUUCCCCAUUUAUCCGGUAAUCCAAGGUGUUAACUGAAGUAUGCUGUUGUUCUUAGUGAAAUUUUAUUUAGAUUCUAAUGUUUUACUUAAUGUUAAAGUUGGCUCUGUGGAGUCGAGUUUUUCAACUGAGUUAAAACUAAGUUUCUUAAAUAAUGCGAAUUUAUGCCCUACACCUACCGAUGACGUUAGCUCAAUAUCUUAAAAGGAAUUCCGUGGGUAAAUGAUCUUAACGAAGCUUAUAUCAACUUUUUUUCUAACUGUCAUUUUCAUUCUUCAUUGGGCGAAAGGUAAGAUUGUCUUUAUUCUCUGCCCGUCACGAUUCUGGCUUUCCUCAGCUCCUGGACACUUUGGCUUAGCCUUAUCUCAAAGUUUGAAAAUAUUUCUCAUCACUUAUGGAAUUCAGCAAAAAAUAUGCCCUUUUUAUCACAGUUCUUGUAAAUGCUGUUCAAGAGUGUUGAUUAAAUACUUGUUGUAGUUUAAAAUUUCAAGAGCGUUCAAGAGCUGUACUUCUGCAAAGUCUGAUAUUGGAUACCUUGUUUAUUGAACCAUGUGCCAUUUAUUAGCUACUUGAAUGAUAUCCUAUCGGUUUUUAUUUAGAUUCUUGUUGAGCCCGGAACGCCUCAAGGAUCAAAAAUUAUAUGUCAAAUGCGGUCGCAUAUUCUAUGGAUGUCCAAGAGGGUAAGGAGAUUAUCUCAUUUCAUUCUCUUUCGAAGGAUUAAAUCUGUACUGUUUUUAAUAUUCUGGUUUAGUUCUCCAGCCACCAAUAACAGAAGCAUACUGACGAUCUCAUACUGAUCCCCAGAAAUGCCGGAAGAUGGAUGAUGGUUCCAGAGACAGAGUGUCUCCCUGUGAAACAGACGAUAUUACUGAUGAUGUGAAUACAUUAAAGGAUGGCGCUUUUGUGAUUGCUCCAGUGGGUUUCAUGAUGAACGCUGUGAAUGAUUUCUUUAAAUUCUCUGAUAAUGAAUCGAUGUUUGAACUUGGUUCACUAUCUUUUCUUAUUAGUGUCCACAUGAUGGCCCUUGCCCGUUGGAGAAUUCAACAAAAUAUUGCCAUUUCGUUCAGCGGUUGGAAAGGACAUCUACUCAACGCAUGUACAAGGUGCGUGCCAUCCUCAAAAAGUUAAACCUCUUUAUGAAUGCGUCAGAGAAUUUUCUCAUGUCUUGGCAUUGAUUAGGGCGAUAGUUUUCAGGAGAUUUUUUCUAAGGUUCUUAUGGCAUAUUUAGCCGAAAAUCUGUUGGUUGGCGGCGAUCAACUACCCCUGACGUUGACUUUCAUGAGUGCCAUAUUGUCAACAAAGCAUUUAAUGGAUAAUCCUUAUCUAAUUUUACUCGGUCAAGUCUAGUUUUUGUAUUUAAAACGUGGCUGACCUUCUGCCUCUUUUACCAAAAGUAGGUAUUUUUUUAUGGAGGUCAUUUUGGUAACGUCCUGACACUACAUUGACUUUUUCCAUUUCCUUCAUACUGUGUAGCGUUCCAAGGGCAGAUCAUUGCGUGGUUUUGAGGAUGAGAAAUUCUCUUAUGUUGCCUUCAGAAGGGGGAGCAGACCAAGGUAAAAUCAGAUCAAAUGAACCCAGUGUGGUGAUUGGUGUCCAGAAUUUUCUUCUUUCCCCUGGAGAUCGGCAUCCAAUCGAAUGGAUGAUAUCUCCUAAAACAGUUUUCAGAUUCAUGCUAAUCCUCGGAAAAUAAAAAAAUAAAAAAAGCUCCCCACUAGUCUCCAAAUUAGUUCCGUCAAUUAUUAUUUUUUUUUGACAUAUUUGCGUCUGAAGAAGUCAAUGCAUCUUCAUCCAUCUCAAUGAACUGGCGUCAUCAGUAGAAAAUUUUGGUUGGUAGAUUAUUGAACAGAUCAUCACCUUGAAACUAGCAUUCAUGGUUCUUGCUUCUUGUGAUCUCUCAAGCUCUGAAUGGACAGAACAGCACUUAAAUUACAUCAUUUUCCAUAUAAUGGCUACCACCCGAAAUGGUAGAUGGAGUGAUUUGAGCUGACUCUCUGUGAAAACCUUAAAUUCUUCAGGGAAACAUGGCCCCUGGACGGCAUCCAGCUCGCCGCACUGGAAAAACACGCCAGACGAAAUGCCUAUGAUGUCGUCAUCGAUUAUGGUCAUCUUUUUCACACCCCCCCCAAGCUCCAGGAUCUUUAACGUUCUUGUUUUGCUGCUAACCAUGAGCUCAAGAGUCUUCUCUGAGAGCUGUUCAUUUUUCCUUGCUCAGAUUGCGGAGAGUCCGACUCGGGAGCAGAGGAGAGCUCGCUGGAGAGGGAGGUGGCUCUGUACCCUUCUGAUAUGGAGGAAGCGGAAGAGAAUGGCGAGGAGCAGGAGGAAGAGGAAGAAGAUGGCGGCGGGGGGGCGGGCCUCGGCGGCGGCUGGGGGAGGAUCGUGUUCCCCCCGGUGCGGAGGGGCCGUCACGUGGCCAUGGACGUGUGCCGGGCCCGCAACCUCGACGGCUCCGAGGGCGCCUUCGAGCGCGUCGUGGUCACCCGCAGCAAGAACCCUAUGCUCCACCGCCAAGCCCGCAAGUCCCUCUGGGGCGACCUCUGGCCCUUCUAG